GUUGUUAUGACAACGGCAGUUGCUUCUGCGUGUAGUGAAUUCAGUUCGCGAUGGAGUAGUCGGACUUUAGAUGAUCAUAGAUAUCCCCUAAUUUAUUAACACACGUUUUUAAUUAAACGUUGUACCGCCAGGUUGCUGGGUUUGCGAUGGCGAGUGGUGAUGUUGCAGAGGCCGUGGAGAAUUCCUACAUCAUCCGACCCAACUACCAACACAAGUUGAAGCCGGGAGUGGUGAAGGAGUGUAUCCAUCAGGUCCUGAAGGCGGAGCUGGCGAGCCGGCAGUUCGACCCUGAGGAGGUGCCCGUGCUCACCCGCUCCCUGUCGGACUCCAUCAAGGACAGGGUCAAAGAGAUGGGCUUCGACAGGUACAAGCUGGUGGUACAGGUGGUGAUUGGAGAGCAGCGAGGAGAGGGUGUCAAGAUGGCUGCACGCUGCUUCUGGGAUGAAGACACAGACAGCUAUGCCCAAGAUGUCUUCAUGAAUGUGAGUUCUUUCAGACAGCCUGUUCUGUGUGGCUGCUGUAUUUGGCUGCUUCUAUUACUGACAAGACAGCAGAGCGAGGAUAGCCGCAGACACCAGACUGCAGACGACCUCAGAGCACUGUGGAAACUGUACAUCCUAACUGUGCGGCUUGUCAGCAUGCAGUUACAAAGUACUGUUUAACCUGACAGUCAGAAUACUCCACAUUGUGUGGUCUCAUCCUCAUUAUUUUUGUGUUCUACCCUGUAUUGCAAUAUUUGUUUUUGUAAAUUUAACACUGUUUGUAUAGAAUUGUGAAGCUGUACAGUAAAACAGAUCUCAUGGUAAAACUGUC